GAAGUCUUGUCCGUCGUCCCAUCCGUAGAAGCUCUAGUACCUAGAAGCGUACCUUGAACAGUCAGUGUACGUAUGUAGCAAGUUUCACGACCGGUGGACUCAUACAAACGUUACAAUAUUAAAACAGAAUAUCCAAAGAUAUCAUGUUGAUCGAUUGGAAUGAGCUCAUCCGACAGUUUGAGGCCUGUAUUUUGCGCGCUAGCCCGCCUAAUCGCGCCGUCGGAGGCGCAGCUGAAGAAGGUGGUGAGGAGGCAGAGGUGUCACCGGAAGCGGUGACCGCCCUCAACCACAAGCUCAUUGAGGUGCACAGCCGCUUAAAGGCGCUGGACGACGAUUGCAGCAUAGACACGUCCACACAUAGCCCGGCACAAGGAAGCGCGGGCGCCACUAGCCUAGCGCCCAACCUGCUACAGCCGCAUGUCAUGGCUGAGCUGGUGGGGCACUGUCGUACCAUCUUGAGCACGCCGGGCCGUGGUCCCACGCACACGUUGGCGGCGCAGCUGUUAGCUGAGGUUGGGCGAACAGCGGGCGGGCGAGGAUUGUGCUUGAAGGACCAAGUGACCAGCGCGCUAGAAGGGGUACUAGCUGAGGUCAUCGAGUCCCAGGAACCACGAGUGGAAACUGUGGUCCAGAUUUGUCGCAUCUUGGGGAAUCUGUGCUACAAUUGCUCUGAAGGUCGAAACCAGAUCAUCGACUCCCAAUGUCUGCAACACAUCCAUACGAUUGCAUCAAAUCGCGAGCGCAUCAAAAGUGGAGACGUUGGACAACGAUUUCCCGUGAUACUCCCAGGAUUCCUUCUCAACUUUUGUAACGAGAGCCCAAGCAGUGUGAAACGAACUGGCGAGGUCGGGUUCGUUGAUGUGAUCGUUGAGAACAUUUUGACCACCAAAACCAACGAUGCUGUUUUCAAUGCCAGUUUGAAUUUCUUUGUGGUCGUGGCCGAGGACGAUCGCGGCCAGGAAUUUCUCCGAAAGAGUAGUAAUUUCGCCAAUGCUCUCAAUCAUGUCUUGAUUCACACCACUAGUCCGGAAGUGACUGAAACGGCUCUGGAGUUGGUCAGGAGUAUCGCCGAAAAUCCGGAUCUCUCCCUGGAGUUAGCCAAGAGCCCCCUUUGCUCCACCUUGGUCAAGCAUAUAGCGGGCAAGUGGCAAACCCCAGAAUUUCACGAUCACCGGACAGACGCUUGUGACUUGUUAGUUUUGAUCUUGGGGCACGACGCCAGUAUGAAACUGAUCUACAAUCAAGAGCAAGGCAAAUUUCUGAACAUCUUCAAAGACUGGCUUCUGACAGAAGACGUUCAACUAAUGGUGGCGGGUUGUCUCUGCAUCGGAAACUUUGCUUGUAAUGAAGAGCAUUGCACCCAGUUAAUGAACAACCAUACCUCGCAAAUCCUCGUUGACCUUCUAAGGUCUCAUCUGAAUCCCAAUGCGGAUUUGAAACUCCAACACGCCAUCUUAGGAGCCAUUCGAAACCUGGCAGUUACCGCCAAAGCCCGCAGUUGUCUUCUCGAGCAAGGCUUAUUGGAUCCUUGUCAACAACUCAUGGGACGCCUCUCUUUGAUGAACGCCCAGCCCGUGGUCUUUAAACUCCUCGGCACAAUUCGUUUGGUUAUUGACGGUAGCUCUGAAGCGGCAAAGCAGAUCGGAAGGUCCGGUCCCAGCAUCGGGAAACUGGUCGAAUGGGGCAACUCUGACACCCAAGGGGUCAAAUCCGAAACUGCCCGACUUCUGGCGUCCCUCGUCAAAAACAGUGCUUCCAGCGAGGUUAUGAUUGUGAUAGUUGAUUGUGGAGGCCUGCCUCACAUUACCACUAUGAUAACAUCGUCCCACGUUCGCAUGCUCAAUGAAGGUUUGGUGGCUUUGACGCAUUUGGCUGCUGCCUUGAACCCAGAUACUGUACACGCCCAACUUCAUACAGAUCUCAUCGUGAAUGGCAUCAAGAACAUCCUGAAUCACGACUCGCAUCCUAUUGAGGUGAAGCAGAAUGCCCUCACGUUAACUUUGACCUUACUGAAGGCCAGACCCCAGGUGUUUGUGGCUAUGUUGAAAGAAAUGGAACUCGAGACGAUCUUAAUUGACCGACAAGAGCAAUUGCGGGACAUGGAACAAUUCCAGGAGCUCAAUCGCAUUCUUCAGGGUCAAGCAUCUUGAUGAAACCGAUGGAACCAAUGAUGCCGAUGAUAGCGGCAACGGUAAUGAAAUAUUCAUUCCCCGGGAGUUUGGAGGCCCCAUGAUCAUCUCGCGUUGAAACCAAAGUAUAUUUUAUACAUAUAUUCCUUCCGUUGGUCCGCCGUUAUUGAAAAAUAGAAAUUAUUCUGAACUA